GUAGCCACAUAGCCAGUAGCCACAUAGCCAGUAGCCACAUAGCCAGUAGCCACAUAGCCAGUAGCCACAUAGCCAGUAGCCACAUAGCCAGUAGCCACAUAGCCAGUAGCCACAGCCAGUAGCCAGAAUUGUCGAUAUGGAAAAAAUCAUUUUGUUAGCCUUUGUGUGUCUGUUGGUGGGUGCUUCGGCUCAAGAUGGAAAAGUCUGCACAGAUUCCAGCGAAUGUGGAGCAGACGAGUGUUGUCAGAAGUUGGUUCACCUGCCCAUCAUGAGCAGACGACAGCUGUCACUGUUCGACCCACCUGCUACAGGCACGUGCGAGAAGUACCGCCACGAGGGUGAGCAGUGUGAGUCCCACUUUGCUGUGGUCGGCUACUGCGGCUGUGUGUCCGGUCUGGCGUGCACGAGAUUCGAGGAGCCGCUGACCACUCCGGUCAGUCUCAGGUCACUCAUGAUUCCACCUGCCGGCAUCACCUGGGUCUACAAGUGUGCCAAAGCACAACUGUAAUAAACAACUCAAC